AAGUCCCUCGAGUUCCCGAGUUUGGAGCAUUUCCAUGACUGUUGUUAUCGUUAUUGUAUUUGAUAUAUAUGAACGGGAACGCCGGUCGAAACUACGAACCGGAAUUAAGGUAUUGCCGGACGAAACGGGUUCGUGGUAAUAAGGAAAAACUGGAACGGCUCGGGUGGCUUCCGAAGAACAGAAUUACAGAAAGAACUAAGAUUCGUUUCGGUCAAUGUCACUUACCGAAAGAUCUCGUAACUCAAACACAUAAAGAUUAUGGAUUUUCAACUUCGGACAAAAAGAAUUUGGACGUAGGCGCUUCAUUAUUUAUAAGGAACUUGGAUCCUGGUGUUGGUGAAAAAAUGUUGUACGAUACGUUCAGCGCUUUUGGUGUUAUCGUACAGACUCCCAAGGUAUUAAUAUAGACUAAUAAUCGAAUAUCGAAUUCAUUUUGCAUAUUUAAUUUUAUUAAGUCGAAAUAUUUAAUUUAGAUUGCAUGAGAUCCCGAUACUGGUAAUAGUAAAGGGUAUGGGUUUAUUUCAUAUGAUAAUUUCGAUUCUCAGAUGCGGCAAUUGAUGCAAUAUCUGAAUAA